AUGUCGCUGAAUCUGUACACACCCGCUAACGGUCUUUACCGUACUCAUGUCACUUGGGAAGACAUUGAGGAGGACAUGCAACGAGAACUUGACACAGUUGCCUCUUUUGGUCCCAACAAGACCGCUAAAGACAUCGGAGACUUAAAUGGGUUCAUGUCAAAAAUGCUGCUCAUCGAUCCAGAUUGGCAACACAAGGAUAAAGAGCUCCCCUCAAGAUUUGUAGUG